AACAAAAAAGAAAAAGAGAGAGAGGGAAGCCGUAGGUCGAAACUCAAUUUCGCAAAAAUAACAAGCCUUGUGUGGCGUGCGUCGCCGAACUAUCUUAGACAGUGGAGAAUGACUUCGUCGGAGGCCAAAACCGAAACCCUCGAUGGCGUCAAAGAAGAGGAUUCUAUCGUUGACAACAAAUGCGACAAGUUCUACGAUGUCUAUGGUCCCCAAGGCAAGGCGGAUGUUGUUUUCAAAGACGAUAAUUCUACUCUGAAUCUUAAUGAUGUUCAAGGACUUGUAACUUGGGUGCUUGGUGAAGGAUUUAUGCCGUCAUGGAUUUUUAUCAAGAAUAAACCUCUUAUUCCCAAGGUGGUUAUGCUCUAUAUGCCGGGCCUGGAUGCAGCUUUGUUCUUGUCGCAGUCUAAAAUGCUUCCCAAUUUAAAAAAAAUCUGUGGCAAACCAAGGCCUCUCCUAGCUCUUAGCUGUGUAUCAGAUGGUAUGCAGACGAUUGAUGCGCUCCUAACAUGCAAGGUGAAAAGAAAAAGGGACCAGAAUAGUUCAAUUAUGAGCAAAUCUUCCGUGGCAUCUCAACAAGAAGGUUCUUGUGACAACCUAUCAUUUACGGAGCUUACAAAAGACAUACCUUUCCCUGUUACAUACUAUACACUGUCAGAGAAAGAGCUGGAAGAUAAUGGAUAUUCUGUUAAUAAGCCAGGUUUUAUUUCUACUUUGCCUGCACCUUUGGGAUCUCAUUUUAAUGAGAUGUUGGCACUUGAUUGUGAGAUGUGCAUAACAAGUGAAGGUUUUGAGCUGACAAGAAUUACUCUAGUGGAUUUCAAAGGACAGGUUUUGAUUGAUAAAUUGGUUAAACCAUCAAAUGCUAUUGUUGAUUACAACACAAGAUUUAGUGGAAUAACGCCUGAGAUGUUAGAUGGGGUGACAACAAGUCUGACAGACAUUCAGGAAGAGUUCAUAAAGUUGGUUUACAAGGAGACUAUCCUCGUUGGGCAUUCUUUGGAAAAUGAUUUAUUAGCAUUAAAAAUAUCUCAUGACUCAGUCAUUGACACUGCAGUAUUAUACAAACACCCUCGAGGAUCAUCCCAUAAAACUGCUCUACGGUUUCUUACUAAGAGAUUUCUUUCAAGGGAGAUACAGCAAUCAGAGAAUGGACAUGACAGCAUUGAAGAUGCUAGAGCUACCAUGGAAUUGGCACUAUUGAAGAUAAGAAAUGGGCCUGACUUUGGUUCCCCCCCAUCCUUUACACGGAAAAAGUUCCUUUCUAUUCUGAGUGAAUCUGGCAGAACUUCCUCGGUGAUUGAUGAUGUAUCCAUAGUAAAACGGUAUGCCUCUGAGUCCUCUAAUGCAAUUCCUGUGACCUCUGAUGAUGAAGCACUUGCAAAGAUCAACAAGGAGGUGAAGAAUGAAAAGGUACACUUUAUCUGGACUCAGUUUUCGGAGCUACACUCGUACUUGAAGAAACAAGCUGAAGAUUCUGAAAGCUUGAAUAAAAGACUGGCAGAGAUGAUGGCAUUACUUACAUGUCAGAAUAACUUUGCCAAAGGGAAAGGCUUAAAGUUGAAACCCACAGCUGAACUGAAGGAAAUUCUGGCUCGCAUGGAUGCUAGAAUUUAUAAACUGUAUUUGUCAUUACCCACAAAUGCUAUGAUGAUAAUUUGCACUGGUCAUGGAGACACUGCUGUCGUUCGCAGGCUGAGGAGAAUGCUUGCGCAACAGAAUGACAGUAAUUUAUGUCGUGAAAAGAUAGUGGAAAUAUUAGAAGAGGUUCAGGCCCGAGCUGAAGUAGCCUUGUGUUUUGUAGGUGUUAAGCAUUGAGUAUAAUUAUUAAAAUAUGAGCUGAAAUUAGGUUUUUUGACAUGUGAUGAGUACCCAUGAUUUGAUGGUAAACAUUGUAAAUGUAAAUAUUGUGGCAGAGAUCUUAGAGCAGGAGUAGUUAUACAUGUGUAUGCCAUAGAAAUGAGGGAAAAAAAUUGUAAGUGGCCAAAAUAUAUUAAACGGUUCAUUUUCUGUUGAAAUAUUUUAUUCAGCAAUUGCUUAAUUUUGUACUCA